GAAUAAUUAAGGAAUACUCUUGUUACUUUUCUCUUUCACUUCAAUCAUUUGGAACAUUUUUGUUUUAUUUUUUUCUUUCUUUUUAAAUAUCUUUUUUCCCUGUCUUUCCAGUCCAAGCAGUCUUUCUGAUUUUUAAUUCUGUAAUUAUCUAUGUAGUUUUUCACUGCUCAGCUCUUGCUUUUCAUUAUCCUAUUUAAAUUCUAAGUCAUCAUUUUCCUCAUCUCUCAUUUCUUUAUCCAUGGAACAAGAGGUUAAUAUAUCAGUUUCUUUUAUUUGUUUUUUUACAGUUGAAAAAAGAUUCAUUUAAGGAAAUUAUUUGCCCUUGAUUCAUAGCAAGACAUUUCCAGAUCCAAUGCAAGACCUUAGUUCUUUGGAUUUCCAAACCUGUAUUGACCCACAGUUGUUUUUGUUAUUAAGCACAAUCUGUUUACCUUGGCAUGCAGAGCCAACUUCUGGUCCAGCUAAGUAGGACCUGUCUCAUUGUGCCAUUAUUCAUGUAGACUAGUUUCCUAUGCCACUCUUACCAUUAUUGCUUUCUUAUUCUUUUCACUUUGUAUUAUUUUUAUUUAUUUAUUUAUUGUGUUGUUGUUGUUUAAUUACAGUUGUCUGCAUCUACCACCCACCAGUCCCCCCAUCCCAGCCAUCCCCCCUCCCUCCCUUUCAUUUUUAUGUUUUCUACGCUGUAUUUUUUUCAGUCUCAGCUCAGAUUUCAGAUACUCCCCUUCCAGGUCUUCUGUCUUUCUAAUUCCUUUAUAGCAGUUUAUGAACUAUUACCUACUCAUGAUCUUUAAUUUAUUGGGUUGGCCAAAAGACACAUUUUUUAUUUUCACCAAUAACUUUAUUGAUUUGGGUAUUUUGAGUGUGUUGGUUGUCUCCCACUAUUGGUUUCUAUGGGUAGAGGCCAGGGGUGCUGCUAAACAUCUUCCAAUGCAUAAGACAGCCCCACAGCAAAGAAUUAUUGGCUAAAAUGUCAGUACUACCAAAAAAACUGUGCAAAUCACUUCUGAUUCAUUCAAUCACUCACAGCACCUUCUCCAUACACUGCACAAAUUUCCUUUUGCAGUUUAGUUGUGUUUUUACCUUUCUUGAAAUAAUAAAACAUAAUACGCCAAAAAUGUUGCAUAUUUUCUUCCAUCAUCAGUAUUAAAAUGGCUGCACAAAAACUCACCAGUUUGAUGAGGCUUUUUUUAAUGUUCACUGAUAUGAUAGCUGUCACAGUACAAUCUAACAAAAUCAUUUCAAAUGAAGUUAAAGACAACUAAGUGCUAGUAGAUCCAUCUUACGGAAAAACAAACUUUUUGGCCAACCAGGUGUAUCUCUCCUGUCAUGCCCAAAAAGAUGAGUAAACUUUUAUUUCAGUAGAAAUAAAUUCUAUGACAUUUUUGAGUAUUCAAUGAUUUAUGAGAAAAGUAUUUUCUCAUUUGCAUAGAAUUUAAGUUUUUUUGCAUGUAUUUCCCACAAAACAGAGAUUUCAUUGGUAAAAAAAAUGAAUUACAGGUAUCCUUUUCAUAAAUAUCCUUUUUUAUAACACUUUAGCUUUAUAGAGGAGGAUUUUAUACUUUAAAUUCUAGAAAGCAUUGGGUUAUACACAUCCUUUUUUACAAAUGAGGAAACAAAAGCAUUGAGAAGAUUGAUUUGGCCAAGAUGACAGUUUACUAAUUGAGAUUGAGCUCCGAAAGCCACUCAACCUGGUUUCCUAGCUAGCUCUUUUCAGAGUACAUUAUGUUUUAUUUUGGGGAGAAGUUUUCUCAGUUCCUUAUAAGCAUAAUAAUAAUAAUAAGCAUAAUAAGUAUUAAAAUAUAAAUUAAUAUCAUAAGGGUUAGAAUUUCCUCAUCCAGGAAGAUCAGUUUUUUAUACCUCCUUUUUCUUUUCUUUCUCUCUUUGUCCAACAUUUUUGAUUAAUGGAAAAUACUGAUUCAGAAAUGAAUGUGAAAACUUUUGUCAAUUCUAUAGUUACUGGAAAUCUAUUUUGUGGUUGUCUAUUCUAUUAUUUUAUUUGAACUUUGUAAUAUUAUAUAAUGCUACUUAAACAACAUAAACCAUUUAUAAGUACGCGAGCCAAUACAGGUUGUUCCUUUGGCCCUUUAUAAUAGGAAUUAACUGGGUAUCUUUAAUUCAUUUAUAUUAUAUCUUCUAAUUGUUUCAUAGCACAAGUCUCACUUUUGAAUAGGAUUGUAAGUGUAAUAAAAUCCAGGACAGGAUGUUAAUUAUCCCUAAUACUUUAUCACCACCCAGACAGAAGAAAAUGUUUUCUUCUACUUUCCACUUCAAGGGCUUAUUUUGCAAUACUUCAUCUAUCAGAUAGUCUUUAUUUAUUACACAGUCAUUGACUACACAAUGUGUUUCCUUUGUGUUUUGCAAACUGAAGAUAAAUGUAUGUUACCUUUUUUCAGUUUUCCAAAUAUGUUAUUACCAUUUAAACUUUCCAUUUGAAGUGAAAUUUAUCCAAAGUUUAUUACCAGAUGCAUACUAUUUCUGUCAUGAUUUUUUUUGAAAUAUUAAAGAGUUUAUAGAUUAUUAAGUUUGCCUUUGGUAUAACAGUAAGUGAUGUUAGAGAUAGGGAGAUGAUUAGGCAUUUAUUAGAGCAAAGUGAGAAAGGAUGAGGGGACAAAUCAGUGAGUUUGAUGGGGGGAGAGUAGACAUAAUGAAGUAAAUGAGUAUAUGGUAUAUUGGGAAGAGAGCCAGAAAUGUAAUAGUAUAGUAGUAUGUUGACAGCUGUUGUGCCUACUAAUUUACUUUGUCUAGGCAUUGAGAAGUUGUUUAAACUAGAUUUUCUUCCAGAGGAGCUUAGAAUUUCAGAAGUGUUACAUCUUGUUGGUCAACUAAUUUAUGGUCUGUACUAUUAGGGGGGAAAACCCAAAACAUUUUGGCAUAGUAAUGGUAUUAACCUCAGUUACAUCAAUUAUUAUUUAUAUUAAUUCUUUGAAACGUUUAUGUGAAGUUGAUGAUUAAAAUUGAUCCCUGAAUCUUAUAAAUACUCUAGGAUAUAGGUGGCAAACACAAGGCCCGCAGGUUGAAUCUAGCCCUCCACUUUGUUUUAUCCAGCCCUACACCUUGUUCUUACCUGGCAGCAGCACCAAGCUCUCACUUGUUAAGGAGUGGUUACAUUUACACAAUCCUGAAAUUACAUUCAGUCCUUUGAAGAUGAUUACUGUGAAUGCUUCCUUGUUUCCUAGCUCCUUGGCCAACUCAUUAAUAGCAGUUGGAAAUGAUGGACUUCAAGAAAGAGACAGAAUGGUUCGAGCAUGCAUUGCUAUUAUCUGUGAACUAGCACUUCAGAAUCCAGAGGUGGUGGCCCUUCGAGGUGGACUAAACACCAUCUUGAAAAAUGUGAUUGAUUGCCAGUUAAGUCGAAUAAAUGAGGCCCUCAUUACUACAAUUUUGCACCUCCUUAAUCAUCCAAAGACCCGAAAAUAUGUGCGAGCUGACGUAGAAUUAGAGCGCAUUUUAGCACCCUAUACUGAUUUUCACUACAGACAUAGUCCAGAUACAGCUGAAGGACAGCUCAAAGAAGACAGAGAAGCAAGGUUUCUAUCCAGUAAAAUGGGAAUCAUAGCAACAUUCCGGUCAUGGGCAGGUAUUAUUAAUUUAUGUAAACCUGGAAACUCUGGCAUUCAGUCUUUAAUUGGAGUACUUUGCAUACCAAAUAUGGAAAUAAGGCGAGGUCUUCUUGAAGUGCUUUAUGAUAUAUUUCGUCUUCCUGUACCUGUUGUGACUGAAGAGUUUAUAGAAGCACUGCUCAGUGUAGAUCCAGGUAGAUUCCAAGACAGCUGGAGGCUUUCAGAUGGCUUUGUAGCAGCUGAGGCGAAAACUAUUCUUCCUCAUCGUGCCAGAUCCAGACCAGACCUCAUGGAUAAUUAUUUGGCAUUGAUACUUUCUGCAUUUAUUCGUAAUGGACUUUUAGAGGGUUUGGUUGAAGUGAUAACAAACAGUGAUGACCUUAUCUCAGUGAGAGCCACCAUCCUUCUAGGGGAGCUUUUACACAUGGCAAACACAAUUCUUCCUCAUUCACAUAGCCAUCACUUGCACUGCCUGCCAACCCUAAUGAAUAUGGCAGCAUCCUUUGAUAUCCCCAAGGAGAAAAGAGUGCGAGCCAGUGCAGCCUUGAACUGUUUAAAACGCUUCCAUGAAAUGAAGAAAAGAGGACCUAAACCUUACAGUCUUCAUUUAGACCACAUUAUUCAGAAAGCAGUUAUAACACACCAGAAACGGGAUCAGUAUCUCAGAGUUCAGAAGGAUAUAUUUGUUCUUAAGGACACAGAGGAAGCUCUUUUAAUGAACCUUAGAGAUAGCCAAGUCCUUCAACAUAAAGAGAAUCUUGAAUGGAAUUGGAAUCUUAUAGGGACCAUUCUUAAGUGGCCAAAUGUAAAUCUGAGGAACUAUAAAGAUGAACAGUUACACAGGUUUGUACGAAGACUGCUUUAUUUUUACAAGCCCAGCAGUAAAUUAUAUGCCAAUCUGGACCUGGAUUUUGCCAAGUCGAAGCAGCUGACAGUUGUGGGCUGCCACUUUACUGAAUUUCUUCUUGAGUCUGAAGAGGAUGGGCAGGGAUACUUAGAGGAUCUAGUAAAGGAUAUUGUUCAGUGGCUCAAUGCCUCAUCUGGAAUGAAACCUGAAAGAAGUCUUCAGAAUAAUGGUUUAUUGACUACUCUUAGUCAGCACUACUUUUUAUUUAUUGGAACACUUUCUUGCCACCCUCAUGGAGUCAAAAUGCUGGAAAAAUGCAGUGUAUUUCAAUGUCUCCUUAACCUUUGCUCCUUGAAAAACCAAGAUCACCUGCUAAAACUGACUGUUUCUAGCUUGGACUACAGCAGAGAUGGGUUGGCCAGAGUCAUCCUCUCCAAAGUCCUCACCGCAGCCACUGAUGCCUGCAGGUUGUAUGCAACAAAACACUUAAGAGUAUUAUUGAGAGCCAAUGUUGAAUUCUUCAAUAACUGGGGAAUUGAAUUACUAGUUACCCAGCUACAUGAUAAAAACAAAACAAUCUCUUCUGAAGCUCUUGAUGUCCUCGAUGAAGCAUGUGAAGACAAGGCCAAUCUUCAUGCUCUUAUUCAAAUGAAGCCAGCUUUAUCCCACCUUGGGGACAAAGGUUUGCUUCUCCUUCUGAGAUUUCUCUCCAUUCCAAAAGGGUUUACCUAUUUGAAUGAGAGGGGUUAUGUAGCAAAACAAUUGGAAAAGUGGCACAAGGAAUAUAAUUUAAAAUAUGUUGACUUAAUUGAGGAACAACUUAAUGAAGCACUUACUACUUAUCGGAAGCCAAUUGAUGGUGACAACUAUGUUCGUCGGAGUAACCAAAGAUUACAGCGUCCUCAUGUCUACCUGCCUGUACACCUUUAUGGACAACUGGUACACCACAAAACAGGCUGCCAUUUGUUGGAAGUACAGAAUAUUAUUACAGAACUCUGUCACAAUGUUCGUACACCAGAUUUGGAUAAAUGGGAAGAAAUUAAAAAACUGAAAGCAUCUCUUUGGGCCUUGGGAAAUAUUGGCUCCUCAAAUUGGGGUCUCAAUUUGCUGCAGGAAGAAAAUGUAAUUCCAGAUAUACUCAAACUUGCAAAACAGUGUGAAGUUCUUUCCAUCAGAGGGACCUGUGUCUAUGUUCUUGGGCUCAUAGCCAAAACCAAACAAGGCUGUGACAUUCUAAAAUGUCACAGCUGGGAUGCUGUACGGCACAGUCGCAAACACCUGUGGCCAGUGGUUCCGGAUGAUGUGGAGCAACUCUGCAAUGAGCUCUCAUCCAUACCAAGCACCUUAAGUUUGAACUCGGAGUCGACCAGCUCCAGACAUAACAGUGAGAGUGAGUCUGCACCAUCGAGUAUGUUCGUAAUGGAGGAUGACCGGUUUGGCAGCAGCUCCACAAGCACGUUUUUCCUGGACAUCAGUGAAGAUGCAGAGCCAGCCUUUUAUGAUCGGCCGGGACCUGUAAAGGAUAAAAAUUCAUUCCCUUUCUUUGCUUCUAGCAAACUUGUGAAGAAUCGUAUCUUAAAUUCACUUACAUUGCCUAACAAAAAACAUCGUAGUAGCAGUGACCCAAAAGGAGGGAAAAUGUCAUCUGAAAAUAAGACAAGCAACAGGCGGGUCAGAACACUUACGGAGCCCAGUGUUGACUUUAAUCAUAGUGAUGAUUUCACACCCGCAGUACAGAAAUCAUUACAAUUAGAAACUUCAUUUGUUGGGCAUAGGCACAUUGAAGACACUGGUAGUACUCCAAGUAUUGGGGAGAACGACUUAAAAUUUACCAAGAGUCUUGGUUCAGAGAAUCACAGAGAAAACACGAGCCGGGAAAGGUUAGUUGUGGAAAGUUCAACGAGUUCACAUAUGAAGAUACGUAGCCAAAGUUUUAACACAGACACUACAACAAGUGGGAUAAGUUCAAUGAGCUCAAGUCCUUCCCGAGAGACAGUAGGAGUAGAUGCUACGACUGUGGACACAGACUGUGGAAGUAUGAGUACUGUGGUAAGUACUAAAACUGUUAAGACCAGCCACUACUUGACACCACAGUCUAACCAUCUUUCUCUCUCCAAGUCGAACUCAGUGUCCCUUGUGCCUCCGGGUUCUUCUCAUACACUUCCUAGAAGAGCACAGUCCCUUAAAGCACCCUCUAUCGCUACAAUUAAAAGUCUAGCAGAUUGUAACUUUAGUUACACAAGUUCUAGAGAUGCCUUUGGCUAUGCUACACUGAAAAGGUUACAGCAACAAAGAAUGCAUCCAUCUCUAUCUCAUUCCGAAGCUUUGGCAUCUCCAGCAAAGGAUGUGCUCUUUACUGAUACCAUCACCAUGAAGGCCAACAGCUUCGAGUCCAGGUUAACACCAAGCAGGAUUGAUUUUAAAAGGAAGCAUGUCGGGGGAAUCAGGAGCUUAAGACCUACAAUAACAAACAACCUUUUCAGGUUCAUGAAAGCUUUAAGUUAUGCUUCGUUAGAUAAAGAAGAUUUAUUAAGUCCUAUUAAUCAGAAUACCCUGCAGCGAUCCUCCUCAGUGAGGUCUAUGGUGUCCAGUGCAACAUACGGGAGCUCAGAUGACUAUAUUGGUCUUGCUCUUCCAGUAGACAUCAACGAUAUAUUCCAGGUAAAGGAUAUUCCCUAUUUUCAGACUAAAAAUAUACCUCCACCUGAUGAUCGAGGUCCAAGAGUGUUUGCUCAUGAUGUGGGAGGUCUUCCAUCUGGAACUGGAGGUCUUGUAAAAAAUUCCUUUCACUUGCUACGACAGCAGAUGAGUCUUACGGAAAUAAUGAAUUCAGUCCAUUCAGACGCUUCUCUGUUUUUAGAAAGUACAGAAGACACUGGACUACAGGAGCACACAGAUGAUAACUGCCUUUAUUGUGUCUGUAUUCAGAUUCUGGGUUUUCAGCCCAGUAACCAACUAAGUGCAAUAUGUAGUCAUUCAGACCUUCAAGACAUUCCAUAUUCUGAUUGGUGUGAGCAGAGCAUCCAUAAUCCCCUAGAAGUGGUUCCCUCUAAGUUCUCGGGGAUUUCUGGCUGUAGUGAUGGAGUGUCUCAGGAAGGCUCAGCCAGCAGCACCAAGAGCACAGAACUGCUGCUGGGUGUUAAAACAAUUCCAGAUGAUACACCAAUGUGCCGUAUACUCCUUCGCAAAGAAGUUCUAAGAUUAGUCAUUAAUUUGAGUAGUUCAGUUUCAACUAAAUGUCAUGAAACUGGGCUUUUAACAAUUAAGGAGAAGUACCCGCAAACUUUUGACGACAUCUGCCUCUACUCGGAGGUGUCCCACUUGUUGGCGCACUGCGCAUUCAGACUCCCAUGUCGGAGGUUCAUACAAGAACUAUUUCAAGAUGUACAGUUUUUACAAAUGCACGAAGAAGCGGAGGCUGUGUUGGCAGUACCCCCAAGGCAGCCCAUAGUUGAUCCAUCGGCUGAGUCCUGACCUCACAUUUGCAGUGUGUAUAGACGGAUCCUAUAUGCACAUUCACAGUGUGCAGUUCAUACAUGCCUCAGAAGACGGCUGGUGGACUGGGCAGCAAGGACAGGAGGGUCCGUGUGUUCUGCGCCAGCAGAUUUGGCACACGGACAGCUGAAACUGCAGACUUCCAUACCAAGCAACGUCCUCUCUCCCCGCUGAGCCCUGUUAGGGGUUCAUUGUUCAUUACCACAGUUUCAAAAGUUUUAGUUCCCAUUAUAUACAAGAGCCAAGCACUGAAUUACCUACACAGGUUUUCUGUUUUUCCAUGUUAAACUCAGAGGAACAAUAACAGGAUACGCAGAAGCACCCUUCACACAGUUAUUUCUGAAUUCUUUUUUUAGGGUAAAUAAAAAGAUGCCUUGUUUGUUAACUAAGUCACGGAAACCCGGACUCAGCGUCUCUGAGGCGCAUCCUGUCCCCACAGUGGGGUGUGCUGUAACUGCCGGUGUGAGCGGGAGCUUUUCUUAAUGUUGUAACACUACUUCAAGGGUUGUGACCUCAAAGAGAGAGAAGCCUCAACGACCCGGGACUUAUAAGUUAUUUUUAUGUUAUUAGACUUACAUAAAGUUUCGUAUUUGUUUUCCUUCUCUUGAUGUGUUGUUGUUAUAGGCUAUUUGAACUGAUUAAGGUUUUUCACUACAGUUCCUGAUUAAAAUCAGAAAAUCAUGUUACAGUUCAGCUGUUUCCCACUUACAAAAUGCACAUAUGUGUUCAGUGGACUUCCAUUGUCAUCACCUUCCCAUAUCACCGUUUUAAAUAGGAACUUGAACGAGCACUAUUAAUUUAGAUGUAAAGCAGCAGAAAGCAUUAAAUGAUACUUUAAGGGAAAGAUAAGAUUGCCUACAGUUUACUGUACAUUCCACGGAAAAAGAAGAGCCACAUUUUUUUUAAAAAAAUGAUUAAUGACACUGUUAUUACAAUUAAAAAUUGUAGUGAAAAGCCUUAUGUACCAGAUUUUAAAGCAGCAGUAAUUUAAUUUUCAUAUCAGUGUUCUUCUUUUGCACAAACUAAAUGCAGUGAUAGGUGAGUUUAUGCAUACAGUAAUUGUCUUUAUCACAUUUGUGAAGUGGUUAAGUUGGUGAGGGCAAGGUUUUGUUUGUGUGUUUAAUUUGUAUAUGUCUAAAGAUACUUGGACAUCUUCACAGGAAUUACAUAUAUGCAAAUUUGUAUAUAAAACAGCAUGGCCAUCUUCAUUAGAAUGAUUGUAAAUGAAAGGAUUAUCUUUUUUUAGAUCUGUGUGUAAAUAGGAAGAAUCCAGCUGGACUGAUGAGGACCCUUUUCUAAUCCGUCCGUGUAUGCCAUUCUUAGUCACACAUCAGCUUUGACACAGUCCUCGUGCAUCGGUUAACACUUUCCCACGUUAUAAAUCCCUCUGAUAAUGGGCUUCUUCUCUGAGAUCUCUGUACAGAACCUGUGAACUAGAAAACAUAACUCACAGAGAUGCUUUGUAGAAAAUGUGCUGGCACUGAAAGUUCCCGCUGAGAUGAAGCCUUGCAUCUCCCUGUGUAACACCUCCUCGACUGCACUUCGGCAACUUGUUCUUACGUGCACUGUGUAGCAACUCACGUUCAACAGAGCAGAGAAGGGCUGGACGCUGCUGCUUGUGUUAAAAAGUGGUUCUUCAGAUUUUCUCUCAUAAACCUGGUUGAAGAUAAGACACACACUUUUUUACACUUCAACUUAUCACUGAACCCAAGUGUUUAUUUAAAUGUUGACAGUACUUUUAAGAACAUUGCCUGUCACCUUGGUCUUUGGUCUUGAAUGAUGAAAUUGCCUUCCAGAGAACCAAGCGUUAGAGAAACUUAGACCAGAUAGUAGUUAAAAACUCCAAAGGAGGUAAUGUAGUAAUCUUAUUUACAAUGGGAUUAACACAUUUUAGACAUUCAUUUCAACACUACCUCAGUUAAUAUAGAGUAUAAUCUGGGGUUUAAUCCCUCAGAAGUUAACAGUAACUCUUCGUUGUCACACACACACAUUACCCCAUCCCUGCACCCAAACUCACUCAUCCGCCCUGAAAUGAAGUCUUCAUUACUGUUACCAGAACAGUUUGUUUUUGACAGUUACUUUGAAAGACUUACGUGUAUACAUCAUAAUAUUUGCCUGUAGCACUUAGUUUGGGGGAGAUACUCAGAGCUUUGUGCUUAUCAGUAAUUUAAGGAAAAACUGUACUUAAAUGUAUAGUGCUAUUUGGUUUAUCCAUAUUUUACUGACAGGUCUAAUAUGUUUUCUUUGAGUACUUGUUUGCAUAAAGGUAGACAUUAAUGAUGAAAAAAGCUCACAUGCGUGCCAAGUGAUUAACUUAGGUGUUUAAAAAUAUUAUAGCAGAGAGGGUUAGGAAAGGUGUUGUUGGUAAUAGAAAUAAUUGAGAAAAUCAUCUAUAAAUAAUAUAUAUGCCAGACUAUAAAAUACCAAAAUAAUGUCAAUACUAUAGUUUUUAAAGAUUUUAGAAUUCUUAGUCCAUAUAAAUUUGUACUAAUGGUAAUUAUUGAUAAUUUGGAGGAAUUUGGACAGUUGUGCUGGUUGUAAACUGUGAAUUUCUCAUUGUAAAGUGAAUUGUUACUUCUAACUGAAAUUUUUUCAAGAACAAAUUUCAGCUUCACAUACUAAGUUAAUACUGAUAAAUAAGGAAAUUAGAAAUUAGUAUUCAUAAUUAAAUAUGAUCUAAGAUUUCCUAAACUUUUAUUUCCUGUUUAUGCUUAGCUAUAUUUGAGGGGGAAAGUCUCUUCUCUCUAAUAAAAAAGUUUUUAAUAAAGAUUGGUAGCAUAUGGACAUCCUGUAAGACAAGUGACAUUAGAAAAGCUCUCUGGAGCUAGAUAUAUACAUUAUUAGACUAGUUACUCUAAUGUCAUGUGUACCAGUCCUUUGAAAUGGUGGCUUUAAUAGUUUUCAGGUCUUUCCUCCAGAGCUUGAAAUAAUUGAAGCUGAAUUUUUCAGGGCAUGUUCCAGUGGCAGAGUGUCCACCAGUGAGGUGUCAGCGCUUACUCGGAAGUGUCUACUGCUGUUCAGAUAGGGAUUUCCAUUCCAUUCAGAGGAUGCCUUUUAUUCCCACAUUAAAGCACAGAUAGUUAAGCAAUAAAAACCAAUCAAAUUGUCAUCCAAAUUAUAACCACAGUUGUUGUUGCAUGGUGAGAGUAAGGUGCUAAUUCUGUGUGACAUGCACUUUGGAAGCUGCCUUGGAAGAGGCCCUUUGGAAGUGAGGGGUUUCCCUUGUCCUGUGCUUCCAGUGUUGUCUCAAAUUCGCCACUAAAACAUGGGGGAAACAAAUUGUAGAAUUGCCGAGAGUUUUAUAAGAACAGCUAUUGGAAUAAAAGGGUAUAUCAGAUUUUCCAGAAUGUAAGUUGGGGAAGUUCUCCCUUGUCUCCCCGUUCAGGAAGUACAUUAUUACUGGUUCCAGUGCAAGUUUCAUGAUAAAAGCAUGCCAGUGAAAUUCAUAGCAGUGCUUAUCAAACAAUAUUGAAAUUGGAGAAUCUUUCUAGGAAUGUUCGUUUUUUCUUUUUGUUCCAGGUUCCCAGGGGAUUUUUCAUUCAUAGUAGGUUUAUAUGACUCACACAGAAUGUGGAUUUUCCCCCUUUGGAGUAUUUUGGUAAAGUAGGUGGAUAGCUAUGCCACAUCAUGCAUAAAUUGCACAUUUUGACUUUCUUUAUAAAAUAUUUAAUUUGAAAUACAUAAUUUAUGCCAAAAAGUAUACCUUGUUAUUUUGCCACUGAACAGGUUGAUUUAGCACAAAAUGGAAAGUUUUGGGGCAGAGAGGGUUGGGGAUAAAAAUUUUUCAUAGAUGACAGUUGAAAAAUAUUCCAUUACUGGCCUGUCAGAAACCCUGAAGCUGCAUUGUAAAACAGAUAGUGUAAAUUAGUUUUGAAAAUGGUAAGGGGUUGUGAAAAAAUCUCAGAUUAAUACUCCCUGACCAUAGGAUUUUCUUUUUUUUUUUUUAUUUAGUAAUACGCUGCUACAUAUUUGGAGGUUCUGGUGUUUGUAGGUCACUGAACAGACAUUGAAAUAUGAUUUAUAUUGUAUAACUGUAACAUAGAAAGAAAAAGUAUUUAUAUAUUUUCUGUAAGAAUAUUUCAUUGAGUUGUGUAUAAUUUAAAUAAGGUUUGUCCCCAAAUGGUUUUGCUUAACCUUGAUUUUUUUUUGUGUGGUUUUCUUGUUUUUGUAUAAUGUGUACAGUUUAUGUCAAGGGCAUUAAAAGCCUCCUGAAACAUAAUCUUAUCAAAGGGAUACAUUCUUAAUAAAAAGUACUUAAAAUUCUUAAA